CUUCAGCCUUUGGUCUUCAAGUAGCAAAACCCCAAAGAACAGCAAGAUAUCUUACUCUGGCCACAAGUGUCUGCUUGGGACACAGUUUCAGCCGUCUGUGGUCCCCUCUUUCCUCAGGGGCUCUGAGACCUUUGGGAUUCUUGUCAAGUUCAUUUGAGGGCCUGCAAGGACCUAACAAGCCCUUUGGAGUCACCCUCUGAGGAGCUGAGGAUGACCCGGGAUGAGGCACUGCCUGACUCGCAUUCUGCACAGGGCUUUUAUGAGAAUUAUGAGCCCAAGGAGAUCCUGGGCAGGGGCGUUAGCAGCGUGGUCAGACGGUGCAUCCACAAGCCCACAUGCCAGGAAUAUGCCGUGAAGAUCAUCGAUGUCACCGGUGGGGGUAGUUUUAGCUCUGAGGAGGCGCAGGAACUGCGGGAAGCCACGCUGAAGGAGGUGGACAUCCUGCAGAAGGUCUCAGGGCUUCCCAACAUCAUACAGCUGAAGGACACUUAUGAGACCAACACUUUCUUCUUCUUGGUGUUUGACCUGAUGAAGAGAGGGGAGCUCUUUGACUACCUCACUGAGAAGGUCACCUUGAGCGAGAAGGAGACUAGGAAGAUCAUGAGAGCCCUGCUGGAGGUGAUCUGUACCUUACACAAACUCAACAUUGUGCAUCGGGACCUGAAGCCCGAGAACAUCCUCCUGGAUGACAACAUGAACAUCAAGCUCACAGACUUUGGCUUUUCCUGCCAGCUGGAGCCAGGAAAGAAGCUGCGAGAGGUUUGUGGGACCCCCAGUUAUCUGGCCCCUGAGAUCAUUGAGUGCUCCAUGAAUGAUGACCAUCCAGGCUAUGGGAAGGAAGUGGACAUGUGGAGUACAGGUGUCAUCAUGUACACCCUGCUGGCUGGCUCCCCACCCUUUUGGCACCGGAAGCAGAUGCUCAUGCUGAGGAUGAUCAUGAGUGGCAACUACCAGUUUGGCUCACCUGAGUGGGAUGAUUACUCAGACACUGUGAAGGACUUGGUCUCUCGCUUCUUGGUGGUGAACCCCCAAAACCGCUAUACGGCAGAAGAGGCCUUGGCACACCCCUUCUUCCAGCAGUAUGUGGUGGAAGAAGUGCGUCACUUCAGCCCCCGGGGGAAAUUCAAGGUGAUUGCUCUGACAGUGCUAGCUUCAGUGCGCAUCUACUAUCAGUACCGCCGGCUGAAGCCUGUGACAAGGGAGAUGGUCAUCCGCGACCCGUACGCCCUUCGGCCUCUGCGCCGACUCAUCGACGCCUAUGCCUUCCGAAUUUAUGGCCACUGGGUGAAGAAGGGGCAGCAGCAGAACCGGGCUGCCCUCUUUGAGAACACACCCAAGGCUGUGCUCCUCUCCCUGGCUGAAGAGGACUUCUGAGAGGCUGGCAGGUGGGAUAGGGCUGGGGUGACACGAGGGGAAACCACAGAAAUGUAAGUCAAAGGAGUGAGACUGUGUGCAGGCCUCUGCACAAAAAGAGCACUUGGCCCAGGCCAGGAAUCCCUGGAAUGGAGGCUACAAUCCCUUCUCAAAGGCUCUGCACAGGAGAGGUAUUCCUGCCACAGGGCAAUAAAUGCAGACUGGGGCAGACCACUGCAGUGGGGUGGAGCAGGUGCGGUUCCCUCCUGCUUCUCCACUUCCCAGUAGUGCCACCAUCUCAGUUUCUGUUUAUGGGAGGCCCUGAGUUAUUCUCUCCCCCCUUAGGGUCUCAGAGUGAGGAUAAAAGAUACUGAAAAGUGGCUCCUGUAGCUCAGCGGCUAGGGCACCAGCCACAUACAUCUGGGCGGGCGGGUUUGAAUCCAGCCGGGGUCUGCCAAAACAACAAUGACAACUAUAACAAAAAAUAGCCAGGCGUUGUGGCGGGUGCCUAUAGUCCCAGCAAUUUGGGGGCUGAGGCAAGAGAAUUGCUUAAGCCCAAGAGUUGGAGGCUGCUGUGAGCCGUGAUAUCACAGCACUCUACCGAGAGCAACAUAGUGAGACUGUGUGUCAAAAAAAAAAAAAAAAGAUACUGAAAUGUUUUAGAUACCUAAUCACAGAUUUUACUAAACUCGCGACAUCCAGUGACAUCACAGGAACAGGUUACUCUUCAAGGACAUGUUUUUAGAGGCGUAUGGAUGCCCUUACAUAAUUAACAACAGAAGGGGAAACUUUUGAUAUUGGUCUUUUGGAGUAUUAUUUGCUUUGUGACUCCCACAAUGCAUAGCUUCACCUGGUAAAUCAUUCAGUUCUUCCAGACCCUUUAAGACUGAUUUGUGCUUUAAAAAGCCCACAUGAUGGCAUUUUACAGAGUGGAAAUUAGGUUCCUUUGGAGGAUCAUGAAAUGCUAUGGGCAAGACAAAUGAAGAAAGCAUUUCCCUUCUACAGUAAUUUGUUGGGGAGACAAAGAGAACUGCACACAUUCUGCCUUGAGGAAACAAUAUUAGAUUCUGGAAUCAGACAGGGAGGCUGGGUGCCCAUAGCUCAAUGGAAUCAGACAGGGAGAAAGUGGGACAGAAUAGAUUUAAAAAAUUUUAACUAACUGCCUUCCAGAACACUGUUCCAAUUAUGUAUUUAGCUCCCACAUUGGUAGUGCUUUACCUCUAAGAGAAACACCCAGCUCCUAGCCA